AUGAUUCAUGCAGAAUUUGAGAUGAUGAUCUACCCUGGCGAUCACUUGGCGAUCUCGCAGUCAGACACAGCGGAGACGAACGCGGCGUCACUGAAUGUUGUUCUCGAUGUGGUUUUUUACUUGCUCGCCUUGGACUGGUACCCUCGAGCGAGCCGAAUUCGAGACCCUUCGGGUUCUGGGGGACUUGACAUGAGCGAAGUCACUCUUGCCAAAUUGUCCCGUGCACAGCUGCAAAAGGUAGCUAAGGCUCAUAAAGUAAGAGCGAACAUGAAGAGCGCGGCAAUAAUUAGAGAGUUAGUAAAACUCAGCGAGUUUAUUCCGCUGCUUCAAGACGAAGAGAGCGAAGGGCCCCCGAGAAAGAAGUCCCGAACGACGGAGGGUCCUCCUGCUGCUGGUCCCUCAAGACAGGUCAUAGACUUAGCUAUGGACACAAGUUUUGAUUACCCCAUCAUCCAGGAGGAUCCCCCCAAAUCCAUUAUGAUCCUAGCAGCCGUUACUCCGGUAAAAGCAGUCGGAAAUGCUUCUGGCAUAGCGCUUCAAAAUCUAGCAGGAAAGUCGCCAAGCCUUUCACCGUUACUGGAAAGCCCCAAGGGGCACCUGGCUAUGGAUGAUCACUCCAGUGAUUCAGGUGGUUCCUACUUGUCCUACGAAAGUCCUAGUCAGCAGGGAUUCCCCGUCAGCCCGCGUACAGGAAUGCCUCCUCCAGAAGAACCACACAUGCUCAACCGGGCUGUGAAAAUCAUGAGGCAGAUCACGGCCGACGAUCAACGUGUUCUUGCCCAGGCUACUGCUCUCCGCCGGAGAGCGGCGGGGCUGAAAGAACAGGCGAGGAAUGUCCGAGAUGUUAUACGCGCUGAGCGGGGGCGCCGUGAGAGAUUAGAGGCAUACUUCACGUACUGGAGGGAGAUUGCGCCCAAAUGGCCAAAAGAUUGGAUAUACGAAGAAGGCGAGGAGGAUCAGAUCCGAACAGAGCAAGUAUUUAAGGCUAUAACACCAACGCUACCGUCAACAGGACCAACAGGCCCACCCACCUUGUCUUUCGACGGAAGAGACGCACCGCAGCCACGACAGGAAGCUCAUUGUCAGGGGAAUGGGACAGCUCCCCUUCCUGCAGAAGACAAGCAAGAAGGUGAACAUUCCAAUCACCUGCCUUCGCCGCAGUUGGCCACCAAAGGAAGAGUGGCAAAACGAAAACAUCACGCUUAA